CAGCAGGACCCGGGGGAACCGCGGCGGGCCGGCGGCGAACAGGCCCGGAGCCGGGAGGCUGCGGGCGGCGGCGCUGGGCCCGGCGCGGCGGGAGAGGCCCCGAGAUGCCAAGCAAGAAGAAGAAGUACAACGCGCGGUUUCCGCCGGCGCGGAUCAAGAAGAUCAUGCAGACGGACGAAGAGAUUGGGAAGGUGGCGGCGGCUGUGCCUGUCAUCAUCUCCCGGGCGCUUGAGCUCUUCCUGGAGUCGCUGUUGAAGAAGGCUUGCCAGGUGACCCAGUCUCGAAAUGCCAAAACCAUGACCACGUCCCACCUGAAGCAGUGCAUUGAGCUGGAGCAGCAAUUUGACUUCUUGAAAGACUUGGUGGCAUCCGUGCCUGACAUGCAGGGGGAUGGGGAGGAUAACCACAUGGAUGGGGACAAGGGUCCUCGAAGAUGGACUGUACCUUCCCGAAGGGGCCGGAAACCAGGCAGCAGUGGCAGGAAGAAUGGAGGCACCGGAAGCAAAGGCAAAGACAAGAAGCUGUCUGGGACAGACUCAGAACAGGAGGAUGAGUCUGAGGACACAGAUACUGAUGGGGAAGAGGAGAUACCACAGCCUCCACCCCAAGCCAGUCACCCCCCUGCCCACUUUCAGAGCCCUCCAACCCCCUUCAUGCCCUUCACCUCUCCUCUGCCUUUGCCCCCAGCGCCCCCUGGCCCCUCAGCACCUGAUGCAGAGGAUGAAGAAGACUAUGACUCCUAGCGCCCACUGCCCCUUACCCCAGGCCAUAUACCCCCUUUAGUUAGUAUUAGUUGCUCUGGG